UCAACGUUCCUACCAUUAUCACCAACCUCCCUUGCUUCUCCUCUACAGCAUCUUCCUCAGCGCAGAGGGACAGCAAAGACAUACUUUACAGUUGUCUACAUCUACAAUUCCUCCCAAUCGAAGAUACCCUUGUUUCGCUUUCCACUGCGUCCGCGUGUUCUCCUAGAACCUGUCCCUGCCACCAUCCUCAUUCGUCCCCUGCGACUCUAGCGACGAUGCUCGUUUCUCUUACUGUCGGCAAGGUCGAUGCCGGCGUUACUGUCCUUCUGACACCGGACAAGCGCUUGAUCGAGUUUCCUUCUAUCCUCCUCCCUCCCAAUAUUUCCUCCGGCAGCAUCGUCGAUAUCAACGUCUCGCAAAACGCAACCAAAGAAGCUGCCGCCGAUCGCGCAUUCCGUGCUCUCCAAGACAGCAUUUACAAUUCAUUUGGUGCAUCCGAGCCUACAACUCCCGUACUGAGCUGCCGCAAUGCCACUCAGACUUCAGUUGUACUGGAGUGGGAUCCUAUCCAGCUUGCUACUGCCGACCUUAUCUCUCUCAGCCUCUACCGAAAUGGCCAGAAGGCCGGAAACAUUCCUCGCCCACUACAAAUGCACAGCACAAAGAUCAGUGGCCUUGCUGUCGACACCGAGUAUACCUUCCACCUGGUUCUGCGCACAAGCGCGGGUACCUAUGUCAGCGAGCGCGUACCGGUGCGCACACACAAGAUGACAGAUUUGAGGGGUAUCACCAUUACCACGGGCAUACUGCCAAGCUCUACCAGGGACAACCUGACAAAGGCAGUCGAGCGCAUUGGGGCCAAACUUGUGGAUGGAGUUCGCAUUGAUACAACGCAUUUCGUCACAACUGAGGGGCGUGGGCAGCAAUGGGAGAAGGCUGUCGAGAGCAACAUUCCUGUUGUACGCCCCGAAUGGGUCGAGGCCUGUGAAAAGGGCGGCCGUAUUCUGGGCGUCACGAAGUUCUACCUUGAUGCCAUGAAACCUGGACCCCCAGCCGAGGAAUCUACACCACCACCGCCCCCUGAGAAGGGGGAGAAGAGCUUACCUGUACCGCCCGCUCAGAACGGUGAGUCAGCUUCGCGAUCGGAGGAGAAGCUGGACGACAAGACACAGGAGAAGGAGAAAGAAGAGAAUGAAAAGAAGGAAGCAGAGGGACUUCAUGAGAACGGUGAGAAGAAGAGCUCAAGCGACAGCAGCAGCAGCAGCAGCAACGAAGACGACGAAGAUGUGGAGGUCGAACAGAAGGCCAUGAAAUCGCCGCAAGAGGAACAAAAGGUGCGAUUUGAGGACAAGGAAGAGCAAAAGGUUGCUCUGCGACCAGCCAAUAAUGGGGAGCCAGGUAAACCUGAGCAUGAGGAUCAGCAAGAAAAGUCAGAGGACGAGUCAGAGGACGAAACGACCGCAAAGACUGCACCAACGCCUGACGGGGCUUCCUUCCAAGAAGUCGAACUAUAGACGAAGGAGCUUGGUGGUUUAUUAAUGCAACUUGACUAUCGGUUUUGAAUGUAUACCUCGAUCAGGCAGCGCGCGGCUGUGCCUUGCUGUUUAUUAUCUCAUAUAUGACUAUGUUCGGUUAUUUAGGUCGGUCAGGGGUAGGGGUAACGGCACAGCAGAUACUGGUUUAAUCCAUUCUUAUUCUUACGACUGUCAAGGGUCCUUUCUGUCCAGUCAA